UUGCCUCGCCAAUUCGACAAAAAGCUUUCAUUAGCUACGCUUUCAGGCCAGAUCCCAUACCGACCAACUGGCCGCCAGUCUUCGGCUAUCUCACUUCACACGCCCUGCUAUCCACCAGUAUCUUGCUCAAUUUCUGCCUCCACUGCUACAGGAAGUGGUGUGCUUUACCCAAGCCGUCAAGGACGCAGCCUAUCACGACCCUCAUUACUUCUACUUGGGUCUGGUGCAGCUGGAUCCUUGGGAGAGUCAGCUCUUGGAAACAGUCAUAUUUGCAAUGGCUAUGCGGAAUCUGGACACGGGGUCCUCACGAGUCGCAGCGGUUCGGUUCAGGGCAGUGUGGGCGCUGCCUCAUCUGUUUCCCUACUCUGGCUCGGUACCUCUAGAGCUAGUCGGCGUCCUAGGUCUGGAACCCCAAGGGCACUACGUCGAGGACCAGUGACUCCAGCAGGAGCGUCUGUUACACCCGGCUUUGCUGGCUUUUGGGGUCGCCGAACACCUGGAUACGCUUCUACGCUCACUUGGUUGGCUGAUUCAGUGACUCAGGUUGCCGUCGGUAGCGUCCCCUCUUUUGAUAAUUCAACAGAACCGAACAGUCCUCAACUAAAGCCUACUCAGAAAAACCUCCUUGCUGACUAUACUUGUGCUGAAGCCGUAAACUCAAAUCACAGAUUAUUACAACCUUCCACCUCAUCUGCUUGCGGUUCAGUAUCACCCUCAUUACCCGCUUCAUCUGCUCAUGGUCCAACUAUCCAACCACCUGCUAUUGCCUAUCCCCUCGUUUCACUUCACCUUGAAUCACUUCCCCAAUCGUUAAACCUUCAUGCACGGGCCACCUCGGCCUCCACCACUAAGUGGGACUUUCUUUCUGAUAACUCAACAAUUAAUGCUCGUGCUGCGGGAGUUAAUGCCAAAUUUAUGGAGACGAAUUCAUUCCAAAUUCCUGAUGAUGAUAUUUUCGAUGGUGUGGUUGGAAUGACCGAUGAUAAAGCACUCCAUCGAAAUUGUUAUAGAUCUGGCAAAGAAAAUCAAAGCGAAUCGAGAGCUGAAGUUGCCAAUGGGAUUGGCCUUGGUCAUGGGGCUACCUGUGCGUCUAUUGCUCUACCUGCAUGUGCUCUUCUACCGGAUUCACACUUGGCUGUACCGCCGAGCUCCACAAAUCAUUUGUUGUUACGCAAUGCGACUUGGAAGUCGGGUAAUCCGUAA